CCUCUCCCUCACACCAUGUGAAAAGUUUGACCAAAGUUCACUUUUUGUUUCUCUAAACUUUUGUGAUUGUUGUUUGGGGGAGAAAUAGAAAAGAGAAAUAGAGAAAGAGAGAGAGAGAGUGGAAGUGGCGCUUGCGCAGUGCGGGCGCCUUGGUUGCAAGGCUGGAGUCUCAGGUCGUGGGGAGAGGGAGAGGGGGAGAGGGAGAGAGAGCUCUGAGCAUCUGUCAACGUGAACAGACUGGAAACAGUAGAAUAAAAGCACAACAAGUCGGCUUCGAGACGACUCCAGCUUCCAUUUGCCAGGUGAAUAACUUCACAAUUCCCCACAUUUAUAUUCAAUCUGCCUUCACCAACUCUCCAUCCAUUCCCGGUAUUUGACAAGUUGCAGUUUGACUGUGAAUAGACGCUGUUCAAGUAACCACCUCCAUUCAACAACCACCCCCUAUUAACAACCACCCUGGAACAGUCCAGAUAUCCCAGUUUGCACAUCAACAAACUUUUACUCAGAGGCCACCCUUAUAUGAAGAUCACUUUGGCCCAGCCCCUGAAAGAUUGUUGAAAACAGCAGAGUGAAGAGCUGUGCGUUUUCAUCUCAAGGAUGUCACAAUUUGGUGAAGGAAUCACAUGUUUCCAGACAGCAGAAUAUAGCAGGUUGCCUUUAAGCAGAAAGGGAAGGAAACUACCCAUGGUGUAGAUGCCACUGUGAGGGAACAGUCAAUUCUGGUCUCUGCCAAACUGUGAAAACAUCUCAAGUAAACGGCAAGAAUGUCCAGGCUCGUCGAGCUCUGUCAUUCAAACAGGAAAGGGAGCUUUUUUAAGCUGAUUGAUACAUUCGCCUCAGAGAUCGGAGAGCUAAAGAUGGUUCAGACAGAUCUUCGUGCAAAUGGAGAUGCUGGAUCUCUCCAUUUUCAGCGAUGCAACUCAUUGAACAGUACACAAGACAAUAUGGGCUAUGGAUGUCAGGACGAACAAGUCGAGAAACACUGGAUGAGGGAUUCCGGCUUUGAAAACUUCUUGUGUAACCUCAGCAUUUUCGAUCGGCUGCUGCACACUCACCCGGUCUGGCUUCAGCUCAGCUUAAGUGAUGAGGAUGCUCUGCGCAUUCUUCAGCUGGAGCCCCCUGGGAUUUUUCUGGUGCGGAAAUCGAGCAGGACACAGAAGAAAGUCAUAUCGAUGAGAUUACCUGAGUCUGGAUCUAAUUUUGUUCAAGAUUUUCAGAUAAAGGAAAGCCAGUACACUUUUUCACUGGAUGGAUCUGGCCUGAGCUUUGCAGACUUGUUCAGACUCAUUGCUUUCUACUGUAUCAGCAGGGAUGUGCUGCCGUUCCCUUUAAAAUUGCCUCACGGGAUUGCAGCUGCCAAGACUGAAACAGAGCUGGAAGCAAUUGCUUUUCUAGGGCUUGCCUUCUGGAGUUCUCCUGUAUACAAGAGAGUAGCCAAGAGCCCCGCACCUCCCACCAGCCCUCUCAGCACACAUCAACCCUCUCUGCGAAACGAAGUGCAUUCCAUACGAACGAGAACUCCCUCAGAGUUGGAGUGCAGCCAGACCAAUGGUGCUUUGUGCUUUAUAAAUCCGCUCUUUUUAGAAGUGCACAACAAAGAUAUUAGUGGCAGCCUGAAAAGGCAGUGCAUAAGAAACAGGGAGACAGACACAUCCCGCUCACCACCACCCAGGCCUCCCCCACCGCGGCUGAUCACCAAUAUGAAUCAGACUAACCCUCCAGGCGUGAGCAGCAAUCAAACUGGUCAAGAUGUUGGCACCAGCAAGCGAGUAGGAACCAAGUCGCCUCCUAUUCCCCCUCCUCGUCUUAAGAAACAAAGCAGCCUCUCUGAAGUGGAGAGGAAUUUGAUCGCAGUGCUCAGAGUGUCAAAGGAAACCUGCGAUCGCACCACGGAGGAGGUGGUGAUGGCUGACACCACAGCUCAUGCAUCGCAAAACACAGCAGGCAGCAGCGAGCAAUUAACUGAAAAUGUGAGUCCUCAAAUUCCGGAGAUCAAAGAUAGGCAGAGACUCAGUGACGUGAGUAUGUCUACUACUUCAACGGAGUCGGAUUCGAGCACCAUGGACAUCAACCGUAAUUGUCCCUACAGCCACGAGGGUGACACAACCAGCAGCUUGGAGGAUUCUGAUGGUGAGAGUGAUCAGGAUGUCAUCCCACCACCACCUUGCAAGCCAAAGCAGAAAAGGCACAGUUCUUUCGUCUUUCCCAAAUUUAUGAAAUCACGCAUUCGGAAAGUAGGUGGUGUGUUCAGCUCCUUUAUGACUCCAGAGAAGAGAAUGAUUAAAAAGAUUACAGAAAUGUCGAGGGAUAAGUGCACAUACUUUGGGUGCCUGAUCCAGGACUACAUCAGCUUCCAGAAGGAAAAUAAAGACUGCCACGUCUCCAGCACAGACAUGCUGCUGACAAUUCGCCAGUUCAUGACCCAGGUUAAGAACUACUUGACCCAAAGCUCUGAGUUGAACCCUCCAAUAGUAUCCCUGAUACCAGAAGAUGAAAUAGAUUUUGUUCUGGAGAAGGCGAUGCACAAGUGCAUUCUGAAACCCCUGAAGUCCUACGUGUAUGCAACUUUGAACCAAUUCCACACCUCCAGCGGCUCCUGGAAACAGCUGAAGGAAAACUUGGUACUGGUUAAACAGAAAUUGCCUCAGGAGCUGGGGGCAAAUACUUCCAUCCCUGACACGGUUACCCUGGAGAAAAUCAAGCACAAGUUUGUUGAUAUGCACAAGACAUACUCUCCCGAGAAGAAAGUUAUGCUGCUGCUUGCAAUCUGCAAAAUGAUUUACAAUGUGAUGGAGAACAAUUCAGGGAGGUUGUAUGGGGCUGAUGACUUUCUACCUAUGCUGACUUACAUCAUAGCCCAGUGUGACAUGCCAGAGUUGGAGAUUGAGAUUGAAUACAUGAUGGAGUUGUUGGAUCCGUCACUGCUUCAUGGAGAAGGUGGGUAUUACCUGACCAGUACAUAUGGAGCACUCUCACUCAUCAAGAAUUUCCAAGAGGAACAAGCAGCCAGGCUACUGAGCUCCGAAACCAGAAAUACCCUUAACCAAUGGCAUAAAAGGAGGACAACCAGCAACAGAACGGCUCCUACUGUGGAAGAUUUCCAGAACUACCUGCGAGUGGCUUUCCAUGACGGUCAAAGUGGUUGCACCGCAAAAACGUUGCUGGUCAGGCCGUUCACGACCACAGAGGAGCUGUGCGACCUCUGCGCGGCAAAGUUCAAAGUGCAGGACACUGAGAACUACGGCCUUUUCCUUCUAAUCAAUGACACUUGGCAGCAGCUGGCGGCCGACACCUUCCCACAGAAAAUCAAAGCUGAGCUGCACAGCAGGCCUCAGCCCCAGAUUUUCCAUUUUGUCUACAAACGUAUUCAUAGCGACCUCCCGAGCACGAUAGUCAUGAACAACAUCGUGGGUUCUGAGGAUGAGGGUGAUGCAUUUUAAUAAAUGGAAGAAGUACAUGUUUUUUUCUUCUUUCUCUGAGCACCUUGAUGGUUGCUUUUUUUUAAUAUAGCGUGCCAGGGUGUAUAUUAUUUCAGCUGUAGACUUCUUAGUAGAUGAACAUCUGUCAGUGUUCAUGAAAUCUGCAUGCAGCACUUUGCCAAAGACACUGCUGGCUAUUGGACUUUGCAUAGUGUUGCAGCAAAUAUUCACCCCUGUGUGACAAAGACCGGUCAGAUGCAAUGCAUCAGUAAAAGCAGUCACAAUAGCUGGAUGAUUCGCAUCCUUGGACUGUUGGACCAAAAGUGGGAAUAAAAUCAGUUUUGGUGCAGGCUGCGUAAAUGGUUUUAUGUUUAUAGGAAGACUUCUAUGGAUCCCAUAGAUAUUAAUUUGGUAGCAGUUGCUGGCAAACUGAUUUUUUUUAAUUGAUUUUUUUUAUUGCAUUUCUAAACCAGAGAUUAUUAUUCUUGUAAACAUCUGGGCAUGUAAUUGUAACUUGUUUAUUAUGUUUUUUUAUUACGAUUAUUCACAAUAUAUUGACACGGUAUCAAUAUUUUUUAAUCUUGAAUGUAAGUGAUCAGGGAUUUUUUCACCCCCAGAUCAUUAGCAUCACUGCUGCCAUACAAAAAAAAGCACUAUUGUUGCACUCAAUCUUUUGUUUCCUAUCCUGCUACUGACCCUUAUGUUUGGAUUCAACCCUGUCUUCAGAAUGGAGUGCAACAUUUCUGUGUACAGCAUUGACAAGGGCACAAUUGUGCCUAUGUGAAUAUGAUAGAGAUUGCUGUUUGCUCAAAUUCGAAUGAUUUUUCUGGAUCAGAUGCUGUUCUGCCAGGUUUUUGUUGAUGGUGACUUAGUGAUGUGAUGUAAAGGGAAUUGUGGUAACGUAGUUGAAUUUUAAAAGGAAAAGGGAAGUCUGAACAAUGAAAGUGAGGAUAGGGAGAGAGAGAGAGAGAGAGAGAAAGAAAUAUGUUAAAAGAAAGGUUACUAGAGAAAAGCUUGAAUUAUGAAACAGUCAGCCUGGCAAUACAGCCAAUGAAAUAUCAGUUACCAGACUAGAUUUUCACAGAGUUGAACUAAACUCUAGGUGCAACAGUUGGAAACACAUUUCUUAAUUCCCAUCUGGCAUGUAAAGCAGAGGGCAGGGAAGGAAGCAAAAAAACAGUGUUGGUGCAAGUAUUUCUGUCUUUACCAUACUACUGCACUUAACUGCAAUGUAAACAUUCCACGUCAGUUGUUUUCCUAGUCUGUGGAGUAAACUAUUUGAUGAUAUGCAACAGAUUAUGUUUCCUUGUUGCUUCUGUAGGUUUCAGGGGCCAAUUUGUAUUGCUAGCAUAGAGUUGCUCUAUGUAAAUGCUUUACAGAGCACAGUAAAAUUACAUCAGCUUUAAAGUAUCCAUGGUUACUUGGCAGACUGGGUGGUCCAGUGAAUUAGAGCACUGAUCUUUUGUCUCUGGCACCCAACUUGUUGCAUUUAACCCACACCCAUAUAAUUCCAUAACCACAAACUGCACUCUACAUUUGGCCUGUGAUAUAUUGACCUGUGUGUGCACAGCACUUACAGUGCAAGAAGUGCUCUAUUACUUAACACUGACAACCAUCAUAUAGAUCUAACACAACGUCCCUAUGUCUACAGAUAUUUAAAAAAAUAAUGAUUUGUGUAAAGUACAACAAUAGAUUCCCAGUCUCACUAUUUUUCCCCUGACAAAUUGCAAGGUGAUUUAGAUAAUAGUGAUGGGCAGUUCUGCAGGCCAGACUGUCCCAGCACACAGGUCACACAGUUCCAAGCAACAUAAGAAACAUUGGCCACACCAGGGUUUGAUAUCUAUAGUUUAAAAUUUAUUAUGCCAAUGGAAUAUGAUUUAACCAACUAGAAGAUAAUUACAAACUGCAAAACUGCUUUUCAGUUGUUCCUUUCUGCAUAUUAAUGAAAUGCUCCAGUCUCCAACGGCGGAAAUUCACAAGGAUUUUAAGAUAUUUCAUGUGACAUGCACACGACGUGGCUCUUUCCUUCAGUUUUCCAUAAGACUAAGGAUGGAUUUGGCUGAUAGUGAGUUAGUGAUGUUCUGUUUUAGAACAUUUGAGUUGAAUCGGUUGCCAAAUAUUGGAGACAGAGUGAAUUAUUCCAUGCUGGAUUCACUGUUCAAACACUGCCAAAAACCAAAUUGGAGAGAGUUGGUCUUGUUUUUAUGUGAGAGGUGCAUUUUGUUCUCCAAGCCAGCCAGUUAUCUUAUCCUGAAGAUUCUGCAGAUAUUUAUCACCCAGGUUUUUCUGAUGGGGCCCAUACUCAAUCUUGAGUUCUUACAAUACAGUUUACUUUUAUAUAGCCCCUUUUACAUUGGGAGGACAUAUUAAAAUGCUCAACAAUACCGGUAGGCACACAAGCUAGGGGUGGGAGCCAAGGGGCUUGGGAAGGAGGGGAGGGGAAAGAUGAUCAAAAACCAAUUCAAAGAGCUAUUGUUUUGAGACGAGCCUUGGACAACGGGCGGGAGAUAAGGACUCUGAGACGGAGUGCCAGAGGGUGAGGACAGAAUGCCUGCCGAUGAUUGGGCUGUUAGGGUGGGGGACAUAAAGUAGAUAUUAACUGAAUUGAUCUUCCCUUUCACCUACAUCAGUUUUACCUCUGCAACAAGUCACCUGCUCUGGUGCUGUUGUAUUCUCUUGCAACCUUCAACUGGAGCAUUCAACAGGUGUUUGUGUUUGGUGCUAACUUUUUCCAUAGACCUGAUUACAAACCCAAACAUUAAGUUGCAAUAAAGUUGAAUUGUAUUAUUUGGAGUAGGGAUGAAAACUGCCAAUUGCCAAACCUACAUAUAACCAAACCGGUUAAACUAGUGCAAAUGGAGGAACACAUUGUUCCCUGAGAUUUGCUUGUGUAAGGAUCACAUGCAAGUAGAAUUGCCUCAUAAAAUAGAACUGAAUAGCUGUUUUUUAAGUUUGUGAUUGCUUUAUAGCAGUAUUAAGAAAUGAUUUACUAGUAUGGCAGUAAUUAUGCUUUCAGUUACAGGACUGAAAACCCCUCUAUACUGUAUUAGUGUAUUGUGCAUUACUCUGUAAAACUCAACCAUUGGAUUUUGCACGUAAUAAAAAAUUGAAUGCUGUAGCAA